ACUCUUACAACUAAGCUCUUUUUUCUGUCUUCUCUGUCUUCUGUCUACUAGUCAUAUGGCACUUCAAGGCCAAGACUGAAAGGUCACAAGCAACAAACUAAACCCACUUUCGAAAUUUUCACCAAAAAAAAAAAAAAUACACAAGUAAAUGCCUAUCAAACUCUCUCUUUUCCUUUUUUGCUUUCAGUUAAAUGCGUGUGGUUCUCUUCAAAUCGGUUUCUGGGUCUUUUUCUUUCAUUUCUGAUCAUUUGGGACUAAACCCAUCUGGGAAUACUGACAAGCAAUUAUAUGAUAUAAUGCUUUCAAAUAUAUAAUGGUGCAAUGGAACUGUUUGAUAUGCAAUUGGGUUUGUUCUUUUUUUUUUUUUUUCUGGGUUUUUGUUCAUCAUCAGUAUAUCAGCUUGUUUUGCAUUGAAAUGAGUUAAAGUUCCAAGCUUUAAUUUUGGUUUCAUUUUAAACUUACUUCCACUUCUCUUGGUGUUGGUGGGUUUAAUGAAUCAGCUCAUCGUGGGAAUGGAUUUGAAAUGAGCAUCAGAUUUAUAGACUCUUGGACUGGGAACUAAGUUUGGUACUUUGAUUUGUAGUUUUAGUCCUUCAUCAAACAUCUUUUCUUGUGAGCUUCAUAUUUGAUUUCAAUGUAAGUAUGGAUUUUAAGUGAAGACUUGUUCUUAUUGUUAAAUUUGGUUGAGAAUAGUAUUAAGAUUCGGAUUUUGAUUAUGCAUGGUUCUUGUGCUGACUCAUUUGUCUUCUUUUUCUUUGUCAUUAUUAUCUGCAGCUUACCACAUGAAUAGGCUGUGGUUAGUUUGGCUGUUUCUGCCAUCAUUAAUCCGAGUUUAUCUUUAUACCAUGAUGAUCUGUUCAAUUUCAUCAUUGUUUAGUUGGGUUUUAUAACCUGUCUAUUUUAUCUGUCUCAUUUCUAAGGACUAUAGGCUAUUGUAGAUCCCAUCUCUCAACCAUUAGGAGAUAAUGCCUAUCAGAAUCUAUAUUCUAUUUUGAGUUUUGGAAAACACAACUCUUAAGAGUUGAAAAUUCCAUCAGUUUAUGUGAAUCUGAAAAACUGUCUGCAUUGGUGCAUAACUUCUUGUGUUUAAUAGAAUCUGCCUGCAUAUUUUCCAAGUAUUCUGAUGGAAAUUAAAAACUUUCACAAUGUAAGCAUUGAUAUUCGUUUUAAUAUUUCAUAAUCAUCAAUUUUUAUAAAUCACUGCUUUCAGCAUCAGUUUUUAUCUGUUUUUCACAAGGGCUGGGCUUGUAAACUCAUAAUGGAAUCAGUUAAUGUGUGCCUGAUAUGUAUAUGUAUCCCAACAGCUUAAGCUUUUGGCAGCAAUGUUUUCCAACAUGUUAUCAGAGCCUUGUUUGUCUAGAAUGUGUUGUGUUCAAAUAGUGGGAAUCCCCAGUCAUUCUUUUAUUUCAGUGUUUUUUGUUUCCAUUGCAUUUUAGAGUCUAAGUACAGAAAUUAUGUGCAGAAUCAUUUAGAGUUGAAGAAAUUAGUUAUAAUGUAGCAAUUAUAAAUAUCAGCAUAUUAUAUGGAUUUGCAAGAAUUUAGAAUCAAUUAGGAUUUUUGAAAAUGGGUUUAUGUAUUAUAACUUUUCUUAGUGAAUGAUCUGUACUCAUCAAACCUGCUAGGCUUAUACAAUGUUGAAUAAGAUAGGAUGAGUGCAUAAGAGUUCUAUUUCUGUUUCCAACUCAUUUAUAAAGUACAGAUUAAAACUGAAAAGGUAGUUAGCUACCAUAUUUUGUUUUACAAUUAAGGAUAUAUAAUUAGAUUUUGUGAUGAAUUGAUGUGUGAAUUUGUGGCCUUCAAUGCAGAUUUUUUUUUUUUUUAUAAAGAUGAGUAAGAAUUGAGGAAGCAUAUUCAGAGAGGUUAUCUGGUGGAAGAGGGAAAAUUUUUUUGAACUGAGGCAAAUGGCUUCGGUCAUUCAGAAUGACGAAGACACUGAUAAUAGAGGUCAAGUGUGGAUUUUGGAUCAGAAGCUUGAUCAGCCCAUGGAGGAGGAGGCUAAGAGGCUUAGAAAUAUGUACAAAGAAAAGGUGGAACGUUUGCUCUUUAUUCACUACUCUGCCGACAUGCGAACAUAAUGAUUAUUCCAAACCAAGAUCAGACUGAUGAGGAGCUAACAACAUAUAGCCGUUCCAUAUUCCCUGAAAAAUCAUUUGCUGCUAGAACCAAGAGAUGGUUGGAGGAAAAUGCAUUCAAGAAAACUGCACUUCUUGUUCUUGUACUCAUUGGCUCUUGCAUGGUGAUUGGGGAUGGCAUUCUGACUCCAGCUAUAUCAGUUCUAUCUGCUGUUGGCGGGAUAAAUGUGGGCCACUCCAUGAUAAGUAACGAUGUAGUUGUGCUUGUAGCUGUUGCUAUACUAGUAGGUUUAUUUAGCAUGCAACACUAUGGUACUGAUAGAGUUGGUUGGCUAUUUGCCCCAAUUGUGCUCAUUUGGUUUUUCUUAAUUGGAGGUAUUGGCAUAUUCAAUAUUUGGAGAUAUGAUAGUAGUGUCUUGAAAGCCUUUUCUCCAGUGUAUAUAUAUCGUUAUUUUAAAAGGGGAGGGAAAGAUAGUUGGACAUCUCUUGGAGGUAUUAUGCUUAGUAUAACAGGAACAGAGGCACUUUUCGCUGACCUAUCCCAUUUUCCAGUUGCAUCCAUACAGAUUGCUUUCACAGUAAUUGUAUUUCCUUGCCUUCUUCUUGCCUAUUCUGGACAGGCAGCAUACCUUUUGAAGAACCCAAAAUGUGUGGGGGGUGCAUUUUAUCAUUCUAUUCCAGAUAAAAUAUAUUGGCCAGUGUUUCUUGUUGCAACUGCAGCUGCUGUUGUUGCAAGUCAGGCCACCAUUUCUGCGACUUUUUCAUUAGUUAAGCAGGCCCUUGCACUUGGCUGCUUCCCAAGAGUGAAAGUUAUACAUACCUCAAAGAAGUUCCGCAACCAGAUAUAUAUUCCUGAUAUUAAUUGGAUCCUUAUGAUUCUCUGCAUUGCGGUGACAGUUGGAUUCAAAAAUCAAACCCAAAUUGGAAAUGCUUCUGGCACAGCAGUUGUGAUAGUCAUGCUGGAAACCACAUUGCUUAUAACUCUAAUCAUGAUAUUGGUAUGGCGCUGCCAUUGGACAAUUGUGCUGAUCUUCACUGGCUUGUCACUGGUUGUGGAGUGCACUUACUUUUCUGCUGUACUACUGAAGGUCAAUCAAGGUGGUUGGGUUCCUCUUGUGAUUGCAGCAGCCUUUUUCAUCAUCAUGUAUGCUUGGCAUUAUGGUACAGUAAAACGCUAUGAGUUUGAGGUGCACAGUAAGGUUUCAAUGGCAUGGAUUCUUGGGCUUGGCCCCAGUUUAGGACUUGUUCGAGUCCCCGGGAUAGGACUUGUGUACACUGAGCUAGCAAGUGGAGUACCUAACAUCUUUUCCCACUUCGUCACCAACUUACCCGCAAUUCACUCCGUUCUUGUGUUUGUCUGUGUGAAGUACCUUCCUGUUCACAUGGUCCCAGAAGAAGAGAGAUUCCUAGUAAAGCGGAUUGGACCCAAGAAUUUUCACAUGUUCCGUUGUGUUGCAAGAUACGGCUAUCAAGACCUACAUAAGAAAGAUCAUCAGUUUGAAAAAAAGCUCUUUGAUAACCUGCUCCUGUUUGUUCGGUUUGAGUCCUUGAUGGAAGGGUCUUCAGACUCAGAAUAUUCUAGUUUAGACGGUGAGGAAAUUGAUCAGUCUGACAACAUCCUCUUUAACAAUAAUGGCAAUACAUGUCACUCCAAUGCAGGUAACACGGUUUCAUCAGAGGACUCAAUUGUGAUCGUUAAUUCUUCAUUGCUUGCAAACGAUACCAUCAGGUCAUGCAGCCAAGCAAGCAACCAGAUUGAGACUGAUGAGUUAGAAUUCUUGACUGCCUGUAGAGAUGUUGGGGUUGUGCACAUACUAGGGAACACGGUAGUGAAAGCUGCGAGGGAUUCAGGGUUGUACAACAGGAUAGCCAUCGAUUACAUAUAUGCAUUUCUACGGAAGAUAUGCAGAGAAAAUAGUGUGAUAUUCAAUGUUCCACAGGAGAGUCUGUUGAAUGUUGGGCAGAUAAUGUAUGUAUGAUGCGCCGGUUCUAACCAUAUUCAAUGUAAUUUGUUGAUGCCAAUAUCACCUGUCAUCACCACCUUUAGCAAGGAGUGACAUUGCUCACAACAGUGUCAACUUUGAUAUUACUAAUGGAUAUGGUUUAAAACUUA